UUAGUCACAAUGUCGACAUUAUUUGCGAGGCUCACAAUCUUCCCUCGUACCGUGCUUUACAUCAUAUUCCAGUGCACCAGAGCGGUAGUGGCAGGAUUCAUGGUAAGAGGCAGUUUGGGUCAACCUCCAGCUUCAUUUCAACUAGUUCCGGGCUGCUGUAUUGACCCAACUCUUGUGAGCCCUGGCUAA